CUUCUCGUUCAUAAUUGGCGCACGGCAGUCUCGUAGCCCGAGUUGGCGGGCUUAGUCGCUCUAUUCUAAAAAGGCGGGAAAAAUAUAUCAGUGUAGUGAUUUUAAUUUUAAAUAAAUUAAAUAUUAUAUUAGUGACUAGAGGAUUUCACUAAAUAAAUUAUAAAAAUGUCUCCAAAAAGAAAAAACACAGAAGAAGACUGCGAAAGCGAGGCUCUCAAAUCCGACCUUGGAGAUUCAGAAAGCAAAGAUGGCGGCGCUCUGGAAGCUAAAAUGUCGCUUCUCAACGGGAUUACGGUCAUCGUGGGUUCCAUCAUUGGCAGUGGCAUAUUUGUAUCACCAACUGGCGUACUGAAGUAUACAGGAUCAGUGAACGCCAGUUUGCUGGUGUGGAUCGCUUCUGGGGUAUUCAGUAUGAUAGGCGCAUAUUGCUACGCAGAACUGGGCACCAUGAUCAGGCGUAGUGGUGCUGACUACGCGUACAUAAUGGAGACAUUUGGUCCGUUUGCAGCAUUUAUACGACUCUGGAUUGAGUGCAUGAUUGUUAGACCUUGUUCACAGGCGAUUGUGGCGUUAACAUUCAGCGUGUACGUGUUAAAGCCGAUAUUUCCAGAAUGCGACCCGCCAGAAGACGCCACUAGGUUGCUGGCAGCUUGUUGUAUACUGCUGCUGACGUUUGUGAACUGUUGGUCAGUACGCGCGGCGACCAGAGUCCAAGAUUGGUUCACAUACGCCAAACUCCUGGCUCUGUUUAUCAUAAUCGCCACUGGUAUUUACCAGCUUUGUAAAGGCAAAGUGGAGCAUUUCUCUUUUGAGGGUACAACCAGUGAUGUCACGUCUAUUGCUCUCUCCUUCUACUCCGGACUGUUUGCUUACAACGGAUGGAACUAUUUGAACUUCAUAAUUGAAGAAUUGAAGGACCCCGUGCGCAAUUUGCCGCGCGCCAUCGCCAUCUCCUGCACGCUCGUAACCAUCGUCUACACAUUCACCAACGUUGCGUUCUACACCACUUUGUCGCCCACAGAGGUGCUGGGCUCAGCAGCGGUGGCUGUAACGUUUGCUGAACGGUUAUUCGGCUGGUUUGCACUCUCCAUACCCCUGUUUGUUGCUGCUUCCACCUUCGGCGCUGUCAACGGAGUUCUUCUCACUUCAUCACGGCUGUUCUACGCGGGCGCGGCGCAGGGCCAGAUGCCGGAGAUGCUGACUAUGGUGUCGUCCCGCGCCACGCCCGCGCCCGCCGUGCUCGCGGUCGCUCUCCUCUCGCUGCUCUACCUCACCGUUUCCGACAUCUACGCGCUCAUCAACUACGUCGGUUUCGCUACCUGGCUGAGUAUAGGUGCGGCGGUGGUGUGCCUACCAGUAUUAAGGUAUACACAGCCCAAUAUCGAGCGACCCAUCAAAGUCAACCUGAUUUUCCCUGCGGUGUACAUUGUGUGCACGAUCCUGGUAGUGGCAGUGCCGGCGGUGGCGUCUCCCGCCGAGACCGGCAUCGGCUGCCUCAUGAUCCUCACAGCCGUCCCUGUCUACCUACUGCUGCUGGAGCCGCGCACCAGGAUUCGAGGCCUCAGCUCCAUUACCACUGUUGCCACACAUUUAGUGCAGAAGUUAACGCUAGCUGUCCGGCCGAAAAUAAAGUAAUCGUCUCUCGAUGAUUGACGGAAUCGGCAAACAUAUCCGACCAUUCGGUGUACAUUCCAUAAUAUGGACUGCUGUAUUGUAUAUUUGGUGUAACUCCUCGUAUAUUAAAAUAAUUAUAUACUCUUUGGAGAUGACUUACGUAAUAAUAUUCAGCGAAUUUAAGGGCAACUUUUAUAUUACUAUUUCCACUAGAUGGCGGUAUAACACUGAAAUCUCAAAAUAAGGACUAAGAGGCCAUCAUUGUAAGUACCAGCUUAAGUAAGUAAUAUACUUACAUAGUACAUAGUUUUCAUAUGGCCACUCAAACUGGACAUAAGGAUUUGUUAUUAAUAGUACCCUUUAGGGUACUUAAGAUUAUAUUCCUGGCCCUUAAACACUACUAUAUGCUAAUAAUGUAUUUUCGUAUAGUCGAAAGUUUUGCUAGCUUCAUGGGGUAUGCACCAAACAACUCUGGGAUGGGCAUACCCUGCUUGGCUUUCUCUUAAAUACGCCAAUGAUAGUAUGUACAAUAUAGCAAUUCUAGCUAUGCUAUAAGCAAAUUUUGAAACAAUGACAAUUAUAUAAAAUAAUAAAUAAAAAAAAAUUACAAGGAUGGCCUCUUAGAGCACAUUACUUUGUUUGCUUUUAUGUUUGUAAGACUACAAUACUAGUUUCUAUUUAUUUCUUUAGGACGCUUUUGAAUUUAUGAGGCAAUUUUACUAAAUAGAUAGUUAGAUAUGUUUUUUUUUUAUUAUUUAGGUUACAUAAUGUCUCACUGGGUGGACUGUUUUUGUAUCAAUUUCGAAGUACUAAUUUUAAAUUGUUGUUCACGGUUUAUCCAGGUUCAUAAAUGACUGAGUCACGUAGAUUGUGAACUACCUAGCUACCUACCGAAUAUGAAAUUAAAAUAAAUUGUUAUUCAAAUAUUAUAUUUAAUGUGUAAUUAGGAUCAACGAAUGUGAGGAAUGCUUUUAAUAAAACCAUUUAUAAUAUAAAAAUUUGGAUUGGUAUUUAUUGUGGUAUAGAUUGGAGUAGAUUUUUUAUUUAGAAAAUAUAUGAACAUAAAUAAUGCAUUUGAGAUGUGAUGUUUUAAAAUUAUGUAAGAUGUGUAGAGUGAUGUUAUAGCCACUGUCCCAGACAUAUUUUAAAUUUAAUAAGUACCUUAAAAGUUUUAGAUUUUUUUUUAAAUUAUGUUAACUUUUAUAUUAAAAGUAGACAUUUAUGCUAUGAAUUUAGUCAUAAUUGUGAACCUAUGUAUAACAUAACUCGAGUUGUUUUGAAAAUAAUUACGUCUAUUGUGUAUUUAUAGACUGCUCAAAUAACACAAUGGGCUUAUAUAUAUAUAUAUAUAUAUUGGUACAUAUUGAAUUAAUGGAUGUUGGAUAUAAUAAUAUUUGUAUUAUAAUAUCUAUAUAUCUGUACCGAGAUAUAUAUCGCAGAGAAUAAGGACUUUUGAGUAACAAAACAUGAUAAACAAAUUGUAAUUCAGAGUCCUUUGUCUGAUGCUUAGAUUAUAAAAUAUAGUAUGGUAUAUUAAGUCUAUGGUCUGAUGUAAGUAUGUAACUUGCAAUGAAAGCCAAUACAUUUAUUGUUGUUGUUGACAUAGCUUGUUGUUGACAUCAAACUAUCUAGGAAUAGAAUUACAUAAAAUUACAAUAAAAUAUUAUCUGACAAAGACUAUAUACGAGGUCUGUCCGGAAAGUUCGUAUAAAAGUGUUCUGGAAUGCGAGAAAGAGGAGUGGGGAGGCCAGGUAAGCGCAGGACCCCUUCCUUAUGUCCCUAACAAUGCUUCAGUUGUGGUCUGACCGCCGUGCGGUGCGAACUGGCUUGUCACGCCAUCUGUGAAGUUACCUCUUAACGAAACCCCGUCGGCAUGGAGCCCGCUUCCGUUGAAGAGCAGCGCGUCGUAAUCAAGUUUCUCUCGAAACUCGGCAAGAAUGGCCGUGAAAUUUUUGCCGAUCUCAGAACAGUUUAUGGGGAUGAUGCUGUGAAGGAACCAACCGUCCACAAGUGGCUAAAAAGAUUCAG